CUCCCCCACCCCGUGCAAACAGCAGGCCGUCCUGGUACAAACAUUGCUGAACUUUGGAGUAGCUGGUAAAGGAGGUCACUUUUGCUCCCUCGGCUGCUGGCAGGAUGGCCCACGGGGCUCUUCUCCUCAUCGCAUGCGUCUCCCUUCAAGAGCCCUGGUUCAGAUGUGGAGCGUCAGUGCUCCUGCCCCAGAGCGCCGCCAACUCGGUGCUGCAGAGACAGCGGCGCUUCAACUCGGGGGGCCUGGAAGAGCUGCGGAGGGACAACCUGGAGCGAGAGUGCAAGGAGGAGCGCUGCAACCUGGAGGAGGCCAGGGAGAUCUUUGAGAAUGAUGAGAAAACGAUGGAGUUCUGGACGCUGUAUGAAGAUGGAGACCAGUGUCUGUCUUCACCUUGUCAAAAUGGCGGGGCUUGCAAAGAUGGUGUGAAGUCGUACACCUGCACCUGUCUGCCAGGGUUCACGGGCAUUAACUGCGAGAUAGAAGUGGCGAGGAAGUGCAACGUGAAUAACGGGGGCUGCAUGCACUUCUGCAGCGACACGACCGGCAGCUUGAAAUGCAGCUGCGCAGUGGGGUACCAGCUGGCCCACGAUGGAAUCACCUGUCAACCUAAAGGUGCUGUGCCGUGUGGCACGCUGGGAAAAACCGUGAUGGCUGCCCUGUCCCAGCGGUCUGGACUAACCCAAGAGCACACUGCGCCACCUGCCAACACCACGCAGCUGCUUGUCACGAGCACCGCCGACAAAGGCAACAAAACCGCCCCUAUAGCGAACAAAGUCAUCGCCACUGCAAACAAACCCGUUUCCAUGGGCAACAAAAUUGUUGCACCUGGCAACAAAGUCGCCCCCCAGGGCAACAAAACUGUCACAGCUGGCAACAAAAUAGCCCCCCAGAGCAACAAGACUGUUGGAACUGACAACAAAAUCGCCCCCCAGGGCAACAAAAUUGUCACAACUGGCAAUAAAAUUGCCCCCCCAGGCAACAAAACCUCUAUCCAGAGCAGGCUGAGCAGCAAGCUGCCUCCUUGGGCCACGUCACAAGGGCAAAGGAACCUGGUGUUAAAUCCACGCAUCGUUGGUGGCAAUGAGGUGAUCCCCGGAGAGAUUCCCUGGCAGGUGGCGCUAGUUGACCGGCAGACACAGAUGGUCUUCUGCGGGGGCUCCAUAAUAAGCGAGUGGUGGGUGAUAACAGCUGCACACUGCCUGCAGGACAGCAAGGAGAUCUCCUUCUUCAUCAGAGUGGGGGAACACAACGUGAAGAAGCGCGAAGGGACGGAGCAGGAAUUGGAGGUGGCCGAGAAGCGCCCGCACCCCCAGUACAACAUGCAGGUGAACCAGUACUACCACGACAUCGCCCUGCUGCGGACGCGGACCGCCAUCCGGAUGACCGAGUUCGUUCGGCCCAUCUGCCUGGGCCCCCAGGACUUCACAGAGUGGCUGCUGCAGGAGGACUCCCCCCCAGGCCGCGUGAGCGGGUGGGGCCGCAUGCAGCACCAAGGAGCCACCUCGGCCAUCCUCCGCAAGGUGGACCUGCCCUUCGUGGACCGCUCCCAGUGCAAGGCCAGCAGCAGCGAGCGGGUCACCCGCCACAUGUUCUGCGCCGGAUACGGCGACCGGCCCCAGGACGCCUGCCAGGGGGACAGCGGGGGGCCGCACGCCAGCCGUCGCAGCAGCACCUGGUUCCUCACCGGCAUCGUCAGCUGGGGGGAGGAGUGCGGCGCUGAGGGCAAAUACGGCAUCUACACUCGGGUGUCGCACUACCACGCUUGGGUCACCGAAGUCACCAGGCCAAAGAAGGACACUCCCAUGAUCGCCACGGCAAAACCUCGACUCCCGAUCCCCUUACCGUAGUCACGGUCUCAUCCAAAUGACAAGGACAAGGACCAGCGAUGCCGGAUAUGUCCGAUCUGCUGCUGUCUAUCUGAGCUGAUGAUCACUGUAGGGAAUGUUUGUUGGAAAUAUUUUAAGGGAAAUUUUAUCUUAUUUACAGCCGGGCUUUGUUUUGUUGCAGUUUAAAGCUGCCGGGGAUGAGGCUCAAUGGAGAAGGUCAAAGUGAAGGCCAUGUCUCCAGGGGCAUCCUGUACUCUAGUUAACCUUAAUGGCCUUGAUGAAUGACAUCUGACCUUGAGGAAUGAGAAGGCAUUUGAUCAAUGGACGGCCCAGGCGCACAAGGUGAAAUCAGAUUUAUAUAUAGAGACACAUCCAGCUGUAGUGCCCUUGAGCAAGGUACUUACUUUAAAUUGCUCCAGUAAA